AUGGCGCUGGACAAUAACAACCCAUCGUCACCAUCAACGCAGCGCUCACUAAACACCGCCUUCUCAUCCGACGUAACCAAAAUAUCACUCCCGCAGACGACUGAACCUCCUGGACCGUCAAACCCACCGAAGCAGAGGGUAUGGCUAGUUUUCGGAGCAACAGGUCACAUGGGUCGGUCUAUUGUGAAAGCGGCCUUGCAACACGGUGACAUCGCCUCUGCCGCGGGCCAGUCACUCGUCGACUCCCAGGCGUCGAUGCUAAAGUGGCACGAUGAUCCUAAUCGAUAUCUCGGCCUGCUGUGUGACGUGCGCAUUCGGUCCACAGUCGCGAUGGUUCUCGAGAAAACCAUGUGUCAAUUCGGUCGCGUCGACAUCAUCGCCAAUUGCACGGGCUAUGGUGUGAUCGGCGCGUGCGAGGACCAGGACGAAGCUGAGAUCCGCAACCAGUUCGAAACCAACUUCAUGGGCACAUUGAACAUCAUCCAGCUCUCUCUGCCCUACUUCCGCAAACGCCAGGCCGGGCGCUAUCUGAUCUUCAGCUCGACAUCCGGCGCCCUUGGCGUGCCGGGCCAAGGUCCAUACUGUGCAAGCAAAUACGCCGUAGAAGGACUAAUCGAGAGCAUGCUGUAUGAAGUCGACGGAUUCGACAUCCGGGCAACACUGGUAGAGCCAGGCCAUCUGCGGCGGGACGAUGUGCACACGCUUGCGAACGGAGUCAAGCUCCCCAUCUUCGGCCACUUCAAAGUCGCUAAGCCGUCGGAACCGUACAUGGCUAAGGACGCACCGGCUGGUCAUGCGAAGCGUACGCUGCAGUGGAUCGGCGAGAAUCAAAACACCAGUGUUGUCAAGGCCGCCGAGCUUGUCUGGCAACUGGGCCACUGCAGCUAUCCGCCGCUCAGGCUCUUGCUGGGUACCUAUGCCGUCGAGAGCAUUAGAGAUCGACUCAAGAGCGUGACCGAAGAAAUUGAGGAUUGGAAACAUCUCCAUUUCCCGCCCUUGGAGGGCCAUGAGGAGAAAGAGGGCGAAGACGACAAUGAUGGAGACGAUGUCGACGGUAACGAGGAUAGAGACGAUGAGAGGGACGGAGAUGAAAAGGAUGACGACGAUGACGACGACGAAGAUGGUGGUCAGGAGAACAACGACGCUGAAUCAACGAUAAUAAAACUAGAAAAGUCAGGAGACGUGGACAUGUGUGACUGA